CCUCGCCGGGCCUCCCCUCCCGCUGCGCUGCCCCUGUCCUCACGAGACCGGUGCGUUUCCCGAGCCCCACCGGUGGGCUCGGUCCGGCGGCCCCGCGCUGGCAGCGAUUAUCUCGUACCGGGCGUUUAGCGGGUCUCUCCAAAGGCUCGCUGAUCUCACGUCGCCCCUUGCCCUGAAAUCUUCAGGAACUCCGUGUGCCCACACUGAUUCUGCAGCCGGGACCCUCAGAAUCCCGUUCCCGCCCACUUUCCAAAACUGAACUCUUGGCCGCUCUGCAAACGGCGACGUCCCGCCCACCGGCCUGCCCAUGUGGUUUUAUGAAGAAACGGGGAGCAGUGAUGAAGUUGAAGCUCUAACUCUGAAGAAAUUCAAAGGGGACCUCGCCUACAGACGGCAAGAGUAUCAGAAAGCACUGCAGGAGUACUUGAGUAUCUCUGAAAAACUGCCAUCUACAAAUUUUGCCAUGAAAAGGGAUGUCCAGGAAGGCCAGGCGCGGUGUCUGGUUCACCUGGGAAGGCACACAGAAGCCCUGGAGAUCGCUGCAAACUUGGAAAAUAAAGCAACUAAUACAGACCAUUUAACCACUGUGCUCUACCUCCAAUUUGCUAUUUGUUCAAGUCUGCAGAACUUGGAGAAAACAAUCCUCUGCCUACAGAAACUGAUUUCUUUGCAUCCUUUUGAUCCUUGGAACUGGGGCAAAUUGGCGGAGGCUUACCUGAGUCUGGGGCCAGCUCUGUCAACAUUGUGUGCGUCAUCUCAAAAACAGAACAGUUUUACCUCCAGUGACAAAACCAUCAAAUCCUCCUUUACACACUCAGGAAAAGACUGUCUUUUGUGUUUUCCUGAAACGUUGCCUGAGAGCCCUGUGUUUUCUGUGGAAGCAAGCAGCAGUAAUAACCAGAAGAAUGAGAAAGCUAUGAAAAAUAUUCAGAAUUGUGUGGCAGAAAAGAGAGAAGCAGUGUUGCUAGAGACUCAGAUGAAAGCGUGUGCCUCCUUUAUACGAACCAGGCUUUUGCUUCAGCUCACCCAGUCUCAGCAAACCUCGUUUGCUUUGGAGAGGAAUUUAAGGACUCAGCAGGAAAUUGCAGAUAAAAUGAAAGAGUUCGGCUUCAAAGAAGACACUUUGCUGUUGAUAGCUGAGGUUAUGGGAGAAGAUAUCGUCCCAGAAAAAAUAAAAGAUGAGGUUCACACAGAGGUGAAGUGUGUUGGCCCUACAGCCCUGACUGCCUUGGUGAUUGCAUCUUCGAAAGAAUUUGAAGACAAAUGGUUCAGAAAGAUCAAAGACCACUUCUGUCCCUUUGAAAAUCAGUUCCAUACAGAGAUACAAAUCUUGGUUUAGUGGUCCCUUUAAAAAAAAAAAUCCUGUACUGUUUUAAUUGUUCUUGUUUAUUUCAGAUAGAAUGCACUGCCAUUCAUUGAAUAUAAUGGAUUUGAAAUAAUUAUUUGUUUUAUAAAAACAGCUUCUCUUCAGAUUA